UGUACGUGGAAGAAGCCCGCGCAUGCGCAGUGCAGGCACUCCGACUCAGCUGUGCGGGAAGGACGGAGGAUAACAUCCCGGGCUCCCGGGCGACCGUCGGGGUCAUGGAUUCCCUCUGACAGUGCCCGGCGAGUGUAGAAGGAGGCGAGGCGGUCCCCCUGCAGCCUUCCCGCUGGGUGCUGCCCUCGGCACUGCGGGUUGAGGAGAGAUGAGCUGGUUCAACGCCUCGCAGCUCUCUAGCUUCGCUAAGCAGGCCCUGUCCCAGGCCCAGAAGUCCAUCGACAGGGUCCUGGACAUCCAGGAAGAGGAGCCUGGCUUGUGGGCCGAGACCAUUCCAUUCACAGAGCCGGGAAUAAGCCCCCCUGAUAGUGGAGGAUGGGAUACUUCAACCUGGGGGUUAAAAUCAAACAGUGAACCUCAGAGUCAACAAGUAGCCUCUCCUAAAGCAAUUACAAAACCAGUCCGGAGAACUGUGGUAGAUGAAUCUGAAAAUUUCUUCAGUGCCUUUCUCUCUCCAACGGAUGGCCAGACCCUUCAGAAGAGUCCAGUGGUUUCCAAACCACCAGUUAAAUCACAACGACCAAAAGAAGACGUGAAAAGCACCUUGCAGGAAUCCUUGCACACUGGGCAGCCAAGAACAACUGAAACAGCUGAGGCAAAAGCGAAAGACUCUUCCUGUGUAUCUGAAGAGACCCUGGCAAUAGACCCUCCGUCACCUAAAACUGAAAGCAACCAUGUAGAAACUGUUAAUAAAGAAUCGGAUGUGAAGGUGUCACCUGCAAGUUUGAAAGUGUCUGAAAGUGUAAUUAAUGUGAAAACAACGGGGGGAAAUGUAUCUAAUGUGCCUGCACAGUCUCUCACAGGGGAAGCAAAGGGUAUAGCUUUGGAGCCUAAGGAACAAAAACAUGAAGACAGACAGAGCAACACACCCUCUCCUCCUGUUAGUACUUUCUCGUCAGGAACUUCUACCACCAGUGACAUAGAAGUGUUAGAUCAUGAAAGUGUAAUAAGUGAGAGCUCAGCAAGUUCUAGACAAGAGACUACAGACUCCAAGUCAAGCCUUCACCUCAUGCAGACCUCUUUUCAGCUUCUCUCAGCAUCCGCUUGCCCGGAAUAUAAUCGUUUAGAUGAUUUCCAAAAACUCACUGAGAGUGGCUGCUCUUCGGAUGCUUUUGAAAGAAUAGACUCUUUUAGUGUCCAGUCACUAGAUAGUCGCAGUGUAAGUGAAAUCAAUUCUGAUGAUGAGUUGUCUGGCAAGGGGUAUUCUUUAGUACCUAUUAUUGUUAAUUCUUCUACUCCAAAGACUAAAGUCAUUGACUCUGUUGCCAGAAAAUCUGAGGAAGUAAAUGAAACAUUAAUUAUACCCACCGAGGAAACAGAAAUGGAAGAAAGUGGACGAAGUGCAACUCCUGUUAACAGUGAGCAGCCUGAUAUGUUAGUUUCUUCCCCACCAGUAAAUGAAGGACACGCUGUGUUAGACAAGGUGGCUGAGCGCUGUGAAGUUGCUGAAAGUCAACCAGAAGUACUUUCUGAGAAAGAAGACGUUUGCAAGACAGUUGAAUUUCUCAAUGAGAAACUGGACAAAAGAGAAGCUCAACUGUUAUCUCUUAGUAAAGAAAAGGCACUUCUAGAAGAAGCCUAUGAUAAUCUGAAAGAUGAAAUGUUCAGAGUGAAAGAAGAAAGCAGCAGCAUUUCUUCCUUGAAAGAUGAAUUUACUCAAAGAAUUGCAGAAGCAGAAAAAAAAGUUCAGCUAGCCUGCAAAGAGAGAGAUGCUGCCAGAAAGGAAAUCAAAAAUAUAAAAGAAGAGCUUGCCACUAGAUUAAAUAGUAGUGAAACUGCAGACCUUUUGAAAGAAAAAGAUGAACAGAUCCGAGGGUUAAUGGAAGAAGGAGAAAAGCUUUCAAAACAGCAGCUGCAUAAUUCAAAUAUCAUUAAAAAAUUAAGAGCUAAAGACAAAGAAAAUGAAAAUACUGUUUCAAAACUUAACAAAAAAGGUAAAGAACUACAAGAAGAGUUGCAACAUUUGAAGCAGGUUCUUGAUGGUAAAGAAGAGGUUGAGAAACAACACAGAGAAAAUAUUAGAAAACUGAAUUCUGUGGUAGAACGGCAAGAGAAGGAUCUUGGCAGACUUCAGGUAGACAUGGAUGAGCUGGAAGAAAAGAACCGAAGUGUCCAGGCUGCUCUUGAUAGUGCAUACAAAGAACUUACUGAUCUUCACAAAGCUAAUGCUGCAAAGGAUAGUGUGGCACAGGAAGCUGCUCUGACUCGUGAAAUGAAAGCUAAAGAGGAACUUUCUGCCGCGCUAGAGAAGGCCCAAGAAGAAGCCCAUCAGCAGCAAGAAACACUAGCAAUUCAAGUGAGCGAUCUUAGGCUGGCACUUCAACGUGCAGAACAAACAUCUGCCAGAAAAGAGGAUUACUUACGCCAUGAAAUCAGUGAACUCCAGCAGAGGCUUCAAGAAGCAGAAAAUCGAAAUCAAGAACUGAGUCAAAGUGUUUCCUCAACAACAAGACCAUUGCUUCGACAGAUAGAGAAUUUGCAAGCAAGUCUAGGGUCCCAGACAUCAUCAUGGGAGAAGUUAGAGAAGACUCUUUCUGAUCGACUUGGUGAAUCCCAAACCUUAUUAGCAGCAUCUGUGGAAAGAGAGCGUGCAGCUACCGAAGAACUACUUGCCAACAAAAUUCAAAUGUCUUCCAUGGAAUCACAGAAUUCUGUUUUAAGACAGGAAAACAGUAGACUUCAGGCCCAACUAGAAUCAGAGAAAAAUAGACUAAGAAAACUGGAGGACGAAAAUAGUAGGUGUCAAGUUGAACUAGAAAACCUAAAAGAUGAAUAUGUCAGAACACUUGAAGAGUCAGAGAAAGAAAAGACAUUGUUGAAUAGUCAGUUAGAAAUGGAGAAAAUGAAAGCUGAACAAGAAAGGAAAAAAGCAAUUUUCACUCAAGAAGCAAUAAAAGAAAAGGAACGAAAGCCAUUUUCUGUUUCUAGCACUCCCACAAUGUCACGUUCAAGUUCAAUAAGUGGAGUUGAUAUGGCAGGGCUACAGACAUCGUUUUUAUCUCAGGAUGAGCCUCAUGAUCACUCUCUUGGAUCAGUGUCUAUGUCCACAAAUGGAAACAAUCUUUACGAUGCUAUAAGGAUGGGAGCAGGAUCAAGCAUUAUUGAAAAUCUACAGUCUCAGCUAAAACUAAAGGAAGGAGAAACUACUCAUUUACAGCUAGAAAUUGGUAAUCUAGAAAAAACUCGCUCAAUAAUGGCUGAAGAACUAGUUAAGUUAACAAAUCAGAAUGAUGAACUUGAAGAGAAAGUAAAGGAGAUACCCAAACUUCGAACUCAGCUAAGAGAUUUGGAUCAAAGAUACAACACUAUUCUACAGAUGUAUGGAGAAAAGGCAGAAGAGGCAGAAGAACUGCGAUUAGAUCUUGAAGAUGUAAAGAACAUGUAUAAAACUCAAAUAGAUGAACUGCUAAGACAGAGACUCAGUUAAACUUCUGCAAGUUACAUUCCUGUCAGACUGACUGUAAACACUUAAUAUCUAAAUGCAGACUUUCAAUAAAUUCUUUUAUAGAAUUAUAAA